AUGUCGCCUCGACGUGCUCCCACGAUCCAACAGCUGCCCGUAGAACUUCUCGUGGACACCUUUGCUGCCGCCGACGAGGUCGAAUCUUGGGGGCCAUUCGGGUUCGGCCGCGGCCGCGGCAUCGCGAAGCUCAUGCUCGUAUGUCGUAGCUGGCGCGACAUCGCCCUCUCCACACCUUACUUCUGGCGGCACAUCGACAUCAACUCGGCGGAGCCAUCUCCUCGGGUCCAGUUGCUCCUCGAGCGCUCGUCGGGCUGCACCAUCGACGUCCGGCUGUUAUACCGAGGGCUGCAGGAGGACGGUCCUACCCCGCGCUCAGUCCAACCCCUUCUUCCACACGUCUCCCGCAUUCGGUCGCUCGACGUCAAUCUCACUCAUGAGGAUUUCCCGUUUGUACUUCCCCUCUUCGCGCGGGAGCUGCCCAUGCUCGAGACGCUGGAGAUUAUCCCAGUCCGAGCGGGAACCCGGGCGAUAGAGUGGACUGACUUGGAUCUCUCUCGCAAGGCACAUCCCAAACUCCAGUCGCUCUCCAUACGUCGAGUGUUCCUCCCGCCACCCGGGCACUCGUGGUGCACCCUACGCGUCCUGAAGCUUUACGACUAUCCCACCACCUCCGACGGCCCACUUCCCCUUCAAGACUUUCUCCAAGUCCUGUCCAACUCAAGAGCGUCGCUCGAAGAGCUCUACUUGUGGUUCGGGUGCAUCCAACAUUCCGAGAUUUGCGCCGCGCUCUCGCAAGACGUCGGUUCGCACAUGUCCUAUCGGAACAUGGUAUCGCUCGUCCACCUCCCGCGCCUCCGCAUCUUCUCCGCACAGGGCCCGUUUGUGCUCAUCGCGACGAUCCAACAGGCGCUCAGCCUCCCGGACGACAUCUCGCAGGUUGAUAUCCGCACG